AUGAAGCCAAAUAUUCCACCAUUGAAGAUCGCAAAAUCCAACCUCAACAGAGAUCCAUCGAUCGCAUCACCAACUACAUUCGCUUCUCAGCGUGCACAUUUGCACUUUAAUUCAGAUUCCCUCGGCCAGUCCGAGAUGACUCCGCCCCUAACACCUCAAGGAAAUAUUCAACUGGACCAAACAAUGGAGCCACACGAGAUCCCACGGCCAGUCUUUCACAACUAUCUACGCGCUUUCUAUCCUUUCCACCCCGCCGGAGAUGUGUCUCCAUCCACCAUUACGCUUCCUCUUGACCAGGGCGACAUCAUUCUGGUUCACUCCGUGCACACCAAUGGCUGGGCCGAUGGCACUCUUCUCGAUUCUGGGAAUCGAGGCUGGCUACCCACGAAUUAUUGCGAAGCCUACGACCAAAUACCCAUGCGUCCAUUAUUAAAAGCAUUGACCGAUUUUUGGGACAUCAUCCGUGGAGGCUGUGGCUCCUCCCUCCGGGACUUUGGUAACCAAGACUUGAUGCGAGGGCCAAUCGCGGGUGUUCGCUUUUUGUUGGAAAAAUCCGAGUGUCUGACGAGAGAGGCGCCACUGGUAAAGCAGUUUGAUGGGCUGCGCCGGAUUCGUAAAGCCUUGCUAUCAGAUCUGUCUUCCCUAGUGAAGACCGCCAAACGGUUCCAAGAUGUUGCUAACGGCGUCCCGUCCGAGGAGGAGGUUGAAGCCAUCCUCGAUGAGAUGCUGCUUAAGGCUUUCAAGAUUGUUACUCGAGGCGUGCGUUUCCUCGACGUCUGGAACGAGGAAGUAGGUCUGAGCAGGACAAUUGCUGAAAUGGAAACGGCGGGUGUCCGGGGCGAGAUGCCUCCAACCCCAGUUUCUGGAACCUUUGCGGCAACGGGCCCGGCUUCAAGUUCGAACUCUCAACCCGAGCGCAAUGCAUCGAGGCAGACGAGCCACAGUCGCACAGCUUUCAGUCGAACAUCUGUGCGGACGGAGACUUUGGAUCAGCCCAGACCCAUGUCGGUGUCCACCAAACGGAUCUCCAUUUCACAUCGAAUUUCAUAUUCUGGCCCAUCCUCCGCGGUUCGCGUGCAGGACCUUGCUUCGGAGCGCCUGGUGACCUCUUAUGACGCCUUUCUGAGCGUGCUGGGAUCGUUUAUCGGAUUGCAUAUGCAGUCGCGAUCUUCAACAGAGUUGGUCACCACCACGCAGCAGGCAAUGCAGUCAUGUCGUUCUCUGCUGGCCGUGGUCGAAGCUGUCUGUGAGCACGACUCGCCACGGACCCUUCUCCUCCAAGAGGCACGCGAGUCAAUGUGCGAGAGGCUGUCGGAGCUGGUCCAAGCAGCUCGAGAUGUGUUUCGUCCGGCCCACACUCACGAUGACGACCUCAUCUUUAUGCCGGACGAAGGGAAGCGUCUUGUCGACGCUGCAACGGACUGCGUUCGUGCCGCGGGCAACUGCCUGGCCAAAGCUCGCCUGGUGCUGGAGCACAUUGGGGAUCUGGAGUUGGAUUCUUUAGAUGACCAGUCUGACAGCACACAGAACAUGUCUGCUAUUACCGAGCCUGAAACCACCGCCUGUACGAACUCUGAAAAGACGAAACGGCAAGACCUCUCGAUCAAUCUUCCUCCCGUGUCGCUCACGAUUCCAAUCUCGACCUAUUCCCCUUCUACCCCUGGUCUCACAGACGCAACCACUCCCUCAUCAUUGCAAUCGCACCUGAACUCGACCUGCACCCCCGCCCACCCUCUGGCCUCCUCGUCCCUCCCCGAUUCCGUCUCUGCAUCCGCUCCUCCUGACCAAACUUGUUCUUUCUCCUCAUACAACAGCGACUUUCGUGAAAGUCAUCCCAGGUCCGACGUCAGUGAAUCUUUUGGUCGUGGUGUAACCAGCACCGGCAGCAGCUUCACAUAUCACAGCCACAUGCGAGACUCCGAAAUGAGUGGGCUUUCGCGUACUUCGACCCGCGCUACUUCCCCUGACAUCGGCGGCAGCUUCCAAGGCAGCUUCAAAGUUCCCUCUCUCAAAGAGAGUGUCAGCUACUCCACUUUGGCAGAAGAGACCGAAGAGACAGAGGCCCACCUCCUGGAGAAGACCUACGCUCACGAGUUGGUGUACAAGGAACGACAGGUGAUGGGCGGGAGUCUCCGGGCUCUCAUCGAGAAGCUUACCGCCCACCAAUCUACGCCGGAUGCCACCUUUGUCUCUACUUUCUACCUCACCUUCCGACUGUUCGCCACGCCCUUGGAGUUUGCCCAGGGUCUGGCGGAGCGGUUCGAGUACAUCGGGGACACCCCCCAUGCCGCUGGGCCGGUUCGCUUGCGUGUCUACAAUGUCUUCAAGGGCUGGCUUGAAUCACACUGGCGCCACGAUCGAGAUGACUCUGCCCUGGAGUUCAUCACUGUCUUUGCAAAGACGCGAUUGAGCGCGGAUCUACCUACUGCCGGCAGGCGAUUGUAUGAACUUGCUGAGAAAGUGGCUACCGUCCACGGCCCACUUGUUCCACGCUUGGUCUCCUCCAUGGGUAAGACUAACACCGCCAUUGCUCAGUAUAUCCACCCGGAUACUCCAUUGCCACCUCCAAUUCUCGGCAAGAAGGAGACGAACUUGCUUCGGCAAUGGAAAAAUGGCGAGGCGUCGCUUUCCAUCUUGGACUUUGAUCCGCUGGAACUCGCCCGUCAGCUCACCAUCAAAGAGUCGCGCAUCUUCUGUGCCAUCCUCCCGGAGGAGCUUCUCGACACUGAGUGGACCCGGAAAUCCGGCUCGCUUGCUGUCAACGUUCGCGCGAUGUCCACGUUAUCCACGGAUCUUGCACAUCUCGUUACUGACUCAAUUCUUUACUUGGAGGAGCCGAAGAAACGCGCGGCGACGAUUAAACACUGGGUCAAGAUCGCCAACAAGUGCCUGGAAUUGGACAAUUACGAUUCUUUGAUGGCCAUCAUUUGCUCCUUGAACUCCUCUAUGAUUUCUCGGCUGAGACGCACAUGGGAUGUCGUCUCACAAAAAACCAAAACUACGCUGGAACACCUGCGCGGUGUGGUGGAUAUUUCGCGCAAUUAUGCUGUUCUCCGCCAACGACUGCAAAAUCGAGUUCCCCCUUGCCUACCUUUCGUUGGAACUUAUCUCACCGACCUCACCUUUGUCGAUCAUGGCAAUCAGCCCUUGCGCUCCUUGCCCACCGAAGAUGGUGAGAUGGCCGUGAUCAAUUUUGAUAAGCACAUGAAAACUGCCCGGAUUAUCAGCGAGCUCCAGCGGUUCCAAAUUCCUUAUCGUCUCACCGAGGUUCCCGAGCUUCAAGCUUGGAUGCAAAACGAGUUUGUCCGCGUGCGUUCCAACGGGGAGAGCCCCCAACAAACCUUCUAUCGUCGCUCAUUAGUCCUUGAACCAAGAGAGACUUGCCGAAGUGGUGGCAAUCUCCAUGCUCAGGCGCAAGCGCAAUCUCCAGCGGAGCCGGCCACCAACCCCUCUACCCCAUCACAACACAACCACCCCGAAGAACACUCUCAGACAUCGUCGAUUCUCGAAAACGCCAAGGAGAAGCUCGAAUUUUUAUCUUGGGCAAACCCAUCCAAAUCCAAGCCAGUGGUUUCCAACGGCUAG